AUGCCGACGAUGUCAGACGGAAACACGAUAGAAAAGACAAAACUCCCUAUGCCAAGACUUCCGCCACCUCCUCCGAGCGGACUUCCAACUCCUCCGAAUAGUAAGACCGCUGAUGGAAGGGAACGCUUGCAGCAUAUAGUCAACGUGGCGAUUGAGGUCGCCACAAGACACAACCACCCAGAUCAGGUUCGGGCCAUCCGAGAGAUGUACGAACUAUCGAAAAAAGACACCACAAUUUCAGAGUUGAUGGACAAAGUGCUUGCUCGAAAGGCAACUCCGGAGCAGUAUGCUCAAUUCCAGAAGCUCAUGAGGAAUCUUCAGACGGAAAUGAAGGCCCCAAGCAUGGCUCCACAGACUCCGGUUGGUUCGGCGCCUCAUCAACAGCAAAAUAGCUCAUACACUACGGUUGGAGGGAAUACUUUGGUGGCAGAGGGGACGCCCGGAGGCGCAGCGCAGCUUAGUUCGGAAUCAUCUAAGGUUCAGGAUAUGGGGGAGACUACAAGUUUGAUGGAACCAGAGCGCCAACCUAUAGCCGAGCCAAAAACUGGAUCCGACACAAUAGAUCAGAUCGAUAUCGAGAACACUCCGUCAAAUUCGCAGGAUAUGGGACGGACUCUCGGACAUCCGAGUGAUGCGAUGUCUGACUUCAGAGCUCCCAAGAGGCUCAAGAGAGUGCGCAGAGAAGGAGAAAUUGAGUCGGCCCAAGGAGGAGGUAGGAAUGGAGAGGAACGGGAGGGGAGGAAUGGAAACAUUGCUGAGGAGGGGGGAAACGAAGGAGGGAGGGGGGCCAAGCGGGUGGAGGGGGUUAUAAGAACAUUUCCCCCAAAAAAGUCUAUUUUUAGUGAAGUUAUCAACAGUGAUAAGGAGUUCGUUUCCAAGGUUGUCAAGGGGUGCCUUGAACGAAGCCUUAAGAACGGGCAUGCUGAUAUCGGUCGCGCAAUUCAGAGCUUCUACGAAAAGUCUUUGGUGGAAUCUCAACUUGAAGGCUUUUUUGAAGAGUUGAUCACUGGGAGGAUAGACAAAGAGCCAGUGGUUAAUUUCCAGAAAUUCAUUGGGGAGUACAUACGGAACACUCAAAAAUCCAAGUUAAAAGGUACCAAGCCUGUCGCAAAGAGCACUGUACCAACUCAGGAAGUGAAAGAAGUUGAGUCUACUGGGAAUCAGGACAGGAGAAAACGAGGGCAAACACAGGACCUCGAGAUCAUCACCAUUCACGCGAGUCCGAGUGAUGAGUUAACGAAAAUUUCAGAGGUUUCUAGCAAUGUCCAAAAGAUCCAGGCACCGAUGUCUGGUGAAAAACCAGUCGUGGAUUCUACAUCAACUUCCGACGCGAAUACACUCCUAUCAACCAUGAUCAACCCCUCACCGCCCGUUCCCGAGCAGUCAUGA